AGGAGACAAACUCACCCAAGAUAGAUUGAUGUUGUAUAUUGACAAAUGGGAUGAAGCCCUCUAAAGUAUUUGAAGUGCUUUAGCUAUGAAUGUAUUGUGUGGACACUUACUUCUCAGAUCUAAUAAUGUCUGUAGUAUAGUCAGUUAGCAAUUCAUUUAUCUUUCCACACUUUGAGAACUUAAUUAUCUCAACUGAGUCAGCCUGUACACGACAGAUAUCAUAUACAAAAUGCUCUAUAUUUCCACAUGACAUUCAGUCUUGAUUCCCUUGUUUGCUUCCAGAUGGAGUUGGCCAAUGGCACUACAAUCCAAGAAUUCAUUUUAGUGGGAUUUGGAGCGGAGCACCAGAAGAAAUUACUGCUUUUCAUUGUUUUCACCAUCCUCUAUGUAAUUACUUUAGCUGAGAACAUCACUAUUAUAGCACUUGUGUUAUUAGAUGCCCAUUUGGCCCAGCUUCCCAUGUAUAUCCUGCUCAGCAACUUCUCCUGGCUGGAGAUGUGUUAUGUGACCACCACAGUGCCCCGGAUGCUGUUCGAUCUGGCCUCCUCUCAUAGCAACAUCUCUUUCCAUGCUUGUUUUCUACAGUUCUAUGUUUUAUUCUCUCUGGGCAGCACUGAAUUCUUCUUCCUCUCAGCCAUGGCUUUGGAUCGGUACCUGGCCAUCUGCCACCCACUGCAUUACUCCCAAAUCAUGUCCCCAAACUUCUGCUAUGCCUUGGUGUCCACUUGUUGGAUCCUUGGCUUCCUGGGCUACAUUGUUCCAGUGACUUUGAUCUCUAGGUUGUCCUUCUGUAGACCCAACAUCAUUGACCAUUUUGUAUGUGAUCCUGUUCCAAUUAUGAACUUGGCUUGUCCUCCACUUGGAAAAGUUCCUCUUGUCUGCCAAAUGGCUAUGCAUGCAAUCUUUGUAAGCAACGUCACAUGUGUUGUAUUUUCGUACGGCAAAGUGAUUUGCACACUGGUGAAAUCUUCUAACCAAGGGAGCCGUAGGAAAGCCUUCUCCACUAUAUCUAUGCACUUGCUGGUGGUGACACUUUUCUAUGGCUCAGUUGGAGGGAUGUACUUAAUUCCAAGUAGGAAAAGCCAGUCUGAAGUCACAAAGGCAAUAUCAGUCUUCUAUGUUACCAUCACACCCUUUUUGAACCCUCUGAUCUACUGUCUGAGGAACGAUCAAGUCAAAGAGGCACUGGGCAGAUUGCUAAGGAGAACAUUGAGAUGAGCGUUUUCCAAAGGCACAAUUCUAAAUAGAAAUGAAAGGGGGAGUUAUAACCCAAACCAACCAAUUUGAAUAGAUAACACUGCUUUAUCCAGA